GCUCCCCUGCGAUUUCCUCCAGUUGUUGGUGACCUUCCGCCUCCCUGCGGCAGACUGGACCUUCCGUUUGAAUUUCUCGGCCCUCCGGCGGCAGCUUCCGUGACCUCUGCCCCCCACGACGUUACCCUCAGUAGGAUGCCUGCUCGAAGACUCCCAUAGGAACAAGAGAGUAGCUUUCUGAUGCUAGUGCCCUGUUGUUCAGGCAAAUUUAUUAUCAUUCUCACAGGAUGGCAGCUCUUGAUCUCUCUCCCACAAGUGCUAUAUCCAUCCAGGAGCCUGCCCAUAUCCAGGAGUCAGAAAUUCUUCUUGCCUCAAAAGACCAUUCUUGUCACCAGAAUAUGGACCUGUUUGCUUGUAAUGGCCUGGAGCUUCAUAUGCCAACUAAUGUCGUUUCCCAGGACUCAGUGACUUUCCAGGAUGUUGCAGUGGACUUUACUGAGAAGGAGUGGCCCCUGUUGGAUUCUUCUCAGAGAAAACUAUACAAAGAUGUGAUGCUGGAGAACUAUAGCAACCUUGCCUCAGUGGGGUGUCAGGUGGGGAAACCCAGCCUCAUCUUCCACUUGGAGCAAGAAGAGGAGCUGAGAACAGAGGAGAGGGGACUUCCCCAAGGCACAUGUCCCGAUUGGGAGAUUCCUUCUAAAACCAAGUGGUCUAUUCUCAUGGAAGAUAUUUUUGGGGAUGAAACACCUAGUGGUGUGACAAUGGAAAGAACUCAUCUUGGAGAGAAAUCCACUGAAUAUGCUCACCUGUUUGAAGUUUUCAGUAUGGGUGCUCAUCUUACUCAGCAAAUGGGAAGACACACUGGCAGGAGGCCCUAUCACCGCCGGGACUAUGGGGUGGUUUUCAAAAACAGACCACAUCUAACGCAACAUGUGAGCAUUUACAAUGGGAGAAAAAUGCAUGAAUGCCAUCAGUGUCAAAAAGCCUUCACCACAAGUGCUUCUCUUACACGGCACAGGAGAAUACACACUGGGGAGAAACCCUAUGAAUGCAAUGUCUGUGGGAAAGCUUUCAAUGAUCCCUCAGCCCUUAGGAGUCACGCAAGAACUCACCUCACAGAGAAGCCCUUUGAUUGCAGUCAAUGUGGAAAUGCAUUCCGAACCCUCUCCUCCCUAAAGAUACACAUGAGAGUUCACACAGGGGAGAGACCUUACAAGUGUGAUGAAUGUGGGAAAGCAUAUGGCAGGAGCUGCCACCUCAUUGCACACAAAAGAACACACACUGGAGAGAGACCCUAUGAAUGUCAAGACUGUGGGAAAGCUUUCCAGCAUCCGUCACAUCUCAAAGAGCAUGUCAGGAAUCACACUGGAGAGAAACCCUAUGAGUGCACACAGUGUGGAAAAGCCUUUCGAUGGAAGUCUAACUAUAAUUUGCACAAGAAGAACCACAUGGUAGAGAAAACAUAUGAAUGUAAAGAAUGUGGGAAAUCCUUUGGUGAUCUCUUAUCACGGAGAAAACACAUGCGAAUUCAUAUUGUAAAGAAACCCGUUGAAUGUCGUCAGUGUGGGAAAACAUUCAGAAACCAGUCCAUCCUUAAGACACACAUGAAUUCUCACACUGGAGAGAAACCAUACGGGUGUGAUCUGUGUGGAAAAGCCUUCAGUGCCAGCUCAAACCUAACAGCACACAGGAAAAUACACACUCAAGAGAGACGCUAUGAAUGUGCUGCCUGUGGGAAAGUCUUUGGUGAUUAUUUAUCCCGGAGGAGACACAUGAGCAUUCAUCUUGUAAAGAAACGUGUUGAAUGUAGGCAGUGUGGGAAAACCUUCAGAAACCAGUCAACUCUUAAGACACACAUGAGAAGUCACACAGGAGAGAAGCCUUAUGAGUGUGAUCACUGUGGGAAAGCCUUCAGCAUAGGCUCAAACCUUAAUGUUCACAGGAGAAUACACACUGGGGAGAAGCCCUAUGAAUGCUUGGCUUGUGGAAAAGCCUUCAGUGAUCAUUCAUCUCUUCGGAGUCAUGUUAAAACUCACCGGGGAGAAAAACUCAUAGUGUCAUCAGUGUGGAAAAGGCUCCAAUGAUAACACCUUCUUUAAGAAACACAAGAGCUCAGACUGGAAGGAAACCUUUUAAGUUUCAGGAAGGCAGGAAAGCCUUUAUUAAUUCAUCUUACUGAGCACAAGGGAAUACAUGUAACUUGAAAGAGAAACAGUUUGUGUAAUGACUGAAAAGACAAGUUUUUUUCUCGUCUCUGAGAAUUAAUGCUGGGGGAGAAAAUGUGUCUCUGUGGUGUGGAAAAGCCAUCAGUGUACAUUUAAGUCUUAACAAAUGUGACAGCUUAGGAAGAGAAACCCUAGCCUGGUACUUAAUGUUAAAAUUACUGUUGUACCACCUGGCACCUUCUGAGCCUACAAGUAAAGUAAGCACACUAGGGAAACAUGGAAAAGUCGGUAAUGGGUCAGGAAACUACAGCCAGCUGUCUAUGUACGGUUCUCAAUCUAAGAAUAGUUUACAUUUUUAAGGAAGAAAAUAUGUGACAGAGACUGUGUGGCCCACAAAGACUAAAAUACUCAUUGUCUGGCCCUUUACAGAAAAAAAUUUGCCAAUUCCUGUUGCAGAGCAGUGGUUAUUGCCAGGGAGUGAAUAUGCUCCCCAGGAGACAUUUGGCAAUUUCUGGCGACAUUUUUGGUUAAAACUGGGGAAGGCAUUACCUUCAUAUAGUUGGGAGACAUCAAGGAUAUUGCUAAAUGGACUACAGUGCAGAAGAGCUCCCCAGAACAAAGAUCUAUGUGCCCCAAGUGUUAAUAUUGUCAAGGUUGAGAAACCUUGUCCUAGAACAGCUCCUCGAUUUUUAUGAAACUUGAGUACUAGUACUCAUGGUAGGCGAAUUUCUGUUUAACACUUCAAAAAUAUAACCAAUGUAAUUAAUUCUUUGAAGAAAUGCAAGAACCCACACUGCCAGCAAUCCCUAUGUGGAAAUGAUUUCAGCCACAGACCCCUCACGUUGCUUAUGAAAAUUCAUUCACACCUCUAAGGAAUUUUCUAGUUAUUCUGAAAUUGCAUUUGAUGUAUUUCAUCAUGAAAAUAGACACUAGCUCAUAAAUUUUUAGUCUUUAAGGUUAUGCUCUAAAUUACCCUUACACACAUCACAAUAUGUUUGUGUUAUUUUAAUUUUAAUUUCACUCUUAAGAAUGUGUUAACUUCCUUUUGGAUGAUUUACUUGACCAAUAGACUCUGUAGAAUCUUAGUUACUGUGAACUGUGGCUAUUUUUUUAAAUAUAUUAUUGAUUUUUUACAGAUAGGAAGGGAGAGAGAUAGAGAGAAACAUCGAUGAGAGAGAAACAUCGAUCAGCUGCCUCCUGCACACUCCCCACUGGGGAUGUGCCUGCACCCAAGGUACAUGCCCUUGACCAGAAUCGAACCUGGGACCCUUGAGUCCACAGGCCGACGCUCUAUCUACUGAGCCAAACCGGUUAGGCACAGUGGGUAUUUUUAGUGCCUGUUUGUUUGAGUAUCUAAAUCAAAUGCAUUGUGAUCAGACUAUGAUGUCUUCAUCAGAUGAGUCCUUGCCAUGUUCCAGUCAACAGUGGCAUAUACUUCUAGUUGCUUCCCUAGUGUCUCAUCUUCCAUAUCAAGAAAACUCAAUUUUUGUUAGAUUAGUAAGGUGUACUAUUUUUAAAAUCUCUUACAAGUUUCCUUACAAUUCAUACAGUCCAUGUUCCACAGCCUGUCCGUUAUCAAAUAAGCAGAUGUUAAUAUAUGGGCUUUGAGAAGACUCCUGAAAAAAGGGCCAUUCUUACCUGGAUUCUUCUCCACUUGUUUUUUUAUUUUUGUUCUUCCCCCCACUUCUCACCGAGCAAGGAGAUCCAGUACUUUGUGUUAAAAGAUCCAUCUUAUGACCAUGAGGAUGCAAGACACAGGCUAAGAAGGAUCCUGCAGAAAAUUCACAAAGGAUUCUGGCCUCCCCAGGGGCUUCUUUAGGUGUCUAUACGAUCCCUGAAUUCACUUCCAGACUUCCUAUGACAUGGAAAAAUAAAACUGAUUAUUGGUUUAAGCUUCUUUGGAUAUUCAUUUUUUUUUUCUAUUAGUUUUCUGAAUGGCAGAGGGAGGGUUCUGCCUCAUCCAGCUAGAUGCUGUCUAACCCAUUCACCUGUGACAGAGACUGUGUGUGGUCCACAAGUGAGUUUUUGUAAUGGCUACACAUAUGGGUAUAAUCUGCUUAAGCUUUUAACUGUUGGAUAUGGAUUUUUAAAUUCUUCAAGCCAAAUUUUAAAAUUGCAUUUCAUAUCUUUGAUCUACUUAAACAUCUAUUUUCCUUUCUUCUUGUAUUGAAGAACUGUAUUUGUUUUCACAGAAGUGCUAAGUGGACAUUUACUUUAUUCAGUUUCUUCCUAAGGUGAAGAAAACUCUUUGUAAGUGUCCUAGAGAAAUAUAGUACCUUUCUGUUCACACUUUGCAAGUAAAAAGGGUGGAUCGUUCCACUACUGACAUUUAAAAAAAAAAAAAAAAGUGCUGAGAAGCAGGUGCCAUCAAUAUUCUUUUGCACGUGGAGAAUUUGAGGCACGGAAGUUUAGGUGACUUGUCUGAAGCCAACCUGUUAGCAGGUAGGAGUGCUUGUCUUUAAACCCUGGUGUCUGAUUCCAGAGUGUAUAUUCCUGUCAGACCUUGUUCUAUGCCCCUGGUCUAUAGUGAAUCAAGAUACUCGCCUUCAGGUUGCUUACAUUCUACUUGGGGUCGAGGCACCUGAUAAAUGAGUAAAUAUAUAUUAUCUCUGAUGGUGGUCAGUGCAUGGAGGAAAAAUUAAGCAUGUGAUGAUGAGAAUGUGGGAUUCAGUGGAGCUGUGGGGUGUAUAGGAACAGCCUUUUGUGUAAGGUGACAUUUGCUCAGAGAUGUAAAUGAGCUAUAAGUGUGGGCUGUAUUGUAAUGUGGGGAGGAGCGCCCUCAACAGCAGUUCAAAGGCCGUGAAAAAAUUUUGUGCUUGGGAUAAGGGGCCAGUGUGAGUGGAGUGGAUCAAACUUGUGAGUUGAAGAUGAUGAGGUCAGAGCUAGAUCAGGGUCCUGAUCAUGGGGACAUCCUGUAGGAUUAACUGGAAGGACUUUGCCUUCAUUCUCAAUAUGGAGGGCUUUGAACAGAGGAGUGGCAAGUGUCCAAUUAAAAGGAUCACAGUGGCUUCUGGGUUGAUAGGCUAAAUAGAGGGACAAGGUAUAAACAGGCCAUUGCAGAAUUUAAGUUACAUAUAAUGGUGGUCAGAUUAGUAGGGGUAGUGGUGGUUUGAGAGUCACAUUAAUGACAAUAGCCCUAGUUUAAUAUUCAUUUUCAGAUUAUGAUUCUGUUAGUAUACCACAAGUUAUUUACCCAUUCUGCUGAUGUGCAGUUAGUUACUGGACUGUUUUCACUUUUCUCAUUAUGAGCAAUGCUGCUUUAAGAAAUUUUGUCACAGGUCUUCUGGAGUAUUGGUGAGUUAUUCCAGGAGUGUGAAAUUGCUGGGCUGUAAAGUCUGUGCAUGUUCUGUUUAUUAGUGUAAUGCCAAAGUCAUUUCUAAAGUGUAUAAUGAUACUUUGUGUAUGUGUGGUAACAUUUAAAACAGAUUUUACUAAAAUGCAGAAAAAUACUUAAUUUGUACUUGUACAACAGCUAAAUUAUCACGUAUCCAUAUAAUCACGUAUCCUUAAUAUAUGAACACAUCCAUAUAAUCAGGCAAGAAAAAGUACUACCAGCAUUCCUGAUACCCCUUCUUGCCUCUUUCAACUGACAAACCCUUCCCUACUCUCCGUAGGUGACCAAUAUUCUGACUGACAAUAUGGCUUGGGGUUUUUGUUUCUUACCCCAUACAAAUGGAACCAUACAGUAUAUGUUCUUUUGUAUCUGUCUUAAUUUUCCCUAAUGUUUUUGUGAAAUUGAUGCAUAUCGUUUUGAGUAUCUCUAGCUAGUAUAUUUUAUUGUGUUCCCUUGUUUUGAAUAUCCCACAAUUUGUUUAAGCACUUUGUGUUGAUGGGCAGACAUUUUGACUUUUCAGCUUGGGACUAUUAUGAAUAAUGCUGCGAUGAGCAUAUUUUAAUAUUUCUGAUAGUGCACAGUGUAUGUAUUUCUCUUGGGUGUGUACCCUGUAUUGAAAUUGCUGGUCAUAUGGGAUGCAUAUGUUCACUUUUCAUAGAUGAUGCCAAUUUUCCAAAGUGGUUGUGCAAAUUUGCUUUCCAAGAAGCUAUUUUAUUGAAUUACCUGCCUUUUUCUUAUUAUGUAUUCCAGAUGUGAGCCCUGUGGUUGGAUAUAUUUUACAAAUAUUUUCUCCAACUUUGUGGCUUGUCUCUUCAAUGUUUUAACUUGUAUUUUUUUAUGAAAUGAAUUAAUUUUAAUGUCAUCUAAUCUUUAUGGACAGUGCUGUUCUGUUCCUGAAUAUUUGCCCACCCAGAAGGCAAGAAGAUAUUCUACAUUUUUUUUCUACAAGUCCUAUUGUUUCAAUAUGUACAUUUAGAUCUACAGUUCACCUAGAAUUGAUUUUUGUGUAUUUUCCCCACAUUGAUCCAGAUCAUUUAUUUUAAAAGUACAUCUUUACCCCAAGUUCAUCUCCUUUUGAGAUACCACCUUUGUCAUAUACUGAGUUUUAUGUGUUUUUAGCCUAAUUCUGAACUUUAUUUUUUUUGCCACAAUGUUUAAAUUAUAAGAAGCUUUAUAAUAAGUUUUAAUGUCUAUGUGAACUGGUUUCCCCCUCACGGUUUUUCUUUUUCAGUGUUUCCCUAGGUAUUCUUGCCCUUUUGUAUAUGCAAUUUCCUAUUGUCCAACUCCACAGAAUUAUCUUGUUGGUAUUUUUAUUGGCAUUGCCUUGAAUUUAUAAGUUCACUUGAAGAGAACUAACAUCUCUAUUUUGUUAAAUCGUCUUAUCCAAAAACAAGGGGAUGUCUUUUUAUUUAAGUCUACUUUAGUGUGUGUCAGGAAUGUUUUAAAAAAUCUACUUUAGUGUUUGUCAGGAUGUUUAAAAAUUUUCCUUGUACAAGUUUUCCUUAUAACAAAUUUUUGUUGUUUCCCCUAAAUAUUUAAUUCUUUAUUUAAAUGAGAUUUUUCUAUACCAUUAUGACUUUAUAGUUUCUGUAUAUGAAAGCUACUGAUUUUGUAUCUUAAUUUUAUAACUUGCUAUUGACUGAAUUUUUUUUUACUUUUUAAGUUUUAUUAUUGCUUUUUUGGAGUUUUCCAGGCAUAAUACUAUGUCAUCUGUAAAUUAUGAUAGCUUUACUUGUUUACCAAUUCUUAUGCCUCUGAUUGUUUUUGUUUGUCUACUUGCAUUGGCUAAUACCUCUAGUGCAGUGAUAAGUAGUAGCAGAAAUAGUGGGCAUUCUUACCUUGUUCUAGGGGUAAGGUCCCUUUUGUUUUUCCAUUAAGAUAAUGUUUUAGAGUAAAUAUUUAUUUUAUCAUAUUUAGAAGGUACAUUAUACUCUUGGAAGUUUACCAUGAAUGGGUGGUGAAUUUUGUCAAAGUUUUUCUGAUUUAUUAAUACUAGUAUAUGAUAUUAAUAAAUUUCUUAGCAUUCAAAAAGUCUUUGAUUUUAAUGAAUUUCACUUGGUCAUGGUGUGUUAUUUUCUUAAUGUGGUUUUGGAAUCUGUUUGUUAGUAUUUUGUUUAGAAUUUAUUGAUUUUCAUGAAUGAUAAUUGGCCCAUAGUUUGCUUUGUACUGUCUUUAUCUGGUUUAGGUAUUUGUAUUAUACUUGCUUCAUAAGAAGAUAUAGUAAUAUUUCUUUCCUUUUCAAUGCUCUGUAAUAGUUUAUAUAGUGUUAGUACUCUGUGGUUUUGGAAGAUUUGGUAGAACUCACUGUGAAACCAUUCUGGUCAAGUGCUUUUCUAGUGGGAUAGUCCCUUAGGAAUUUUGUUUCUUUUAUGGUCAUUGGUCUGUUUGAAGCUUUCUAACUUGAAUGAUGUCAGUGUUGGUAAUCUGUAUUUUCCUAGGAAAUUGCCUAAUUCAUCUAGUGUAGAGGUCAACAAAGUCAUCUUAUGAUUUAAAAAACGUUUUCUGACUCUGUGUCAUCACCUGUUUUUUUGUAUAUUUGCCUUUCCUUUUUCUGAAUCAAAUGAGUGGUUUAUUUGUUUUAAAAAAAUGGAAUUUUGACUAGUUAGAUUGAUUGCUUUUUUGUGUUCCUCAUUAAUUUCUUUUUUUUUUUUCCCAAGCAAAAACAAACCAAAAAUACCUUAAUUUCAGCCUAACAGCAGCAGGUGCAAUGUGUGGUGACAGAUAAGGUACAAUGCUGUGUGACCACUCACAUAGACAGCUCUAAGAAGGCUCCCGAGGGGAACUACCUCCAGGGGGCUGAACCAAGGGGAGGAGGGGAGUCCCCAACGAGGUGUGGACAGGCAUGGGGAAAAGGCGCUACUUCUUGACAAAGGAGAUCUUUGCGGGGUAGUUCUGGGUGAUCUUGAACCCCUCUAGGGAGUCUCAAAGGGCCCCUGCCUGUACCCCAUUGUCAGACUCCACAAAGGCCAUGUCAUGCUGCCCUAGGACCAGCCAGACCUUGAAGACAGAGAACUGGUUGAAACACAUGGACAGCAUGAACUUGUUGGUCUCUGGCAGGUUGCUGAGGAACAAGAGGUGAUUUAGUGGGUUUUCUGCAAGAGGCUGGAUAGGUGACAUCUGACCUGGCAUAUGCUGCGGGGGCAGUGGCUCCGGUGGGAUCUGGCCAUGUUAGAGACCUGGAGAUGGGAUCAUGCCAGGGGACAGCAUGUGGGGAGGCUGGUCCCAAAUGUGUGCACGAUGCGGGGCACCUGAGUCAUGGCCCCAUGCCCAGGACAGGCCCUGGGACAGCCCCCACGAUGAGACUGACUGCCCUACCCUGUGCCACUUUCUUAGCAGCUGGGGUCUUCUGCCUCUUGGGUUUCCUCUUCUCCCACUUCUAGUCCUGCUCCACAAAGGCGCCCUUCAUCUUGGCAAUGAUAUCCGAGUCGGUAUUGGCAUACGGGGGCGCAUGAGUUUGUAGAAAGGGAAGCCUGCAUGGAGCGCCAGGCCCUGGUGCUGCUGUCCUUUUUGAAGAUGACAAGGGCCUGGCCCUCAUCUUCAGGCUCUGUGACAGGAUAUUCAGAAUCUGGCCAAACUGGGAGAAGAUAGCGUACAAGGACUUCUUCAGCUCAUUCUUCUGGAUCUUCUCAUUGAGGUUGUUGUAUAAACAGUAAGGCUGGGGCAGGUCUGAGGAACUUCCAUGAAGGGAGGUGUCAUGGUAGGGUAACAGAGCCACAAGUCUGGCAAGUGGCUUCUCAGUGCUCAGCACCUUCCUCAUUAAUUUCUGCUUUUAUCUCCAUUUUUUCUUUAUGCUUUCUUUUGGUUUAUUUUUUUAAAAAAACUGGCAAUUGAUUCUUAAUCUUUUAUUGACAAGUGUUUUGUGCAGUGAAUUUUCCUUUGUUCACUGCUUUAAAAUGCAUUCCAUAGAAUAGAGCAUAAGUCUUGGAAAUCAUUAUUUCUUUAAAAUUCUGUAAUUUCAGUGUGUAUUUCGCCUUUCGCUCAGGAGUUAAUAAGAAGUUUUUAAAUUUCCAGAUAGAAGAGCCUUUUUUUGUUUUUGUUAAUAAAUUCUGGGUAUGUUUAUAUGUUGAUUUUCUGCAAUUUAAAUAUAAUAUGCCUCAAUGUAAAUUUCCUUUGGGAUUGAUUCUGCUUGUUGAUCUCUUAGCUUCCAGGAUCUGUGGUUUGGUGUUUGUAAUUAAUUUUGGAAAAUUCUCAUUCAUUAUUACUUCAAAUAUUCUGGUCCUUUCUCUCAUUCUUCUCCUAGUAUUCCCAUUACACAUGUUACACCUUUUGUAAUUGCCCCCACAGUUCUCAGUUCAGAUAUACUGUUCAUUCUCUUCUCUCCUUGUAUUUUCAUUUGGACAUUUUUUAUUUCUAACAUUCCCUUUUGAUUCUUUGAGUUUCUCUGUGCUUACGUUACCCAUUUGUUUUUACAUGUUCACUUUUUCUAUUAGAACCCUUAACAUAUUGACUAUAGUUAUUUUAAAUUCCCCAUCUCAUAAUUCCAAAAUCUCUGCCAUACCCAAGUCUGGUUCUGAUGCUUGCCUUCUCAUUUUA